CCUUUAAGAGCGGCCGUCCGAGCCGGCCUCCGCCUCUUAGUCCGCCGAGCGCCGCCGGUCACCUGAGGCUCCCGGGUCAACCGGCUGGCGGCGGGGCCGGCGAUCUCGCCCGCGGAGCCGAGAGACGGGGCCUGGACGCCAAGUGCCCAGAGCCGACUGCGAGCGUGGCCGGCCGGCGCCCGUCCGCGGCGGAGGAUGCGGGAGCGUAUCUGGGCGCAGCUGCCGCUGCUGCUGCCCUGGCUACUGCUGCCGCCGCCGCUCUGGGGCGGCCCCCCGGACGGCCGGUGCUCGGAGCGCGAGCCCGAGCCCGGGCCUCUGCAGCCCUUCGACCUGCUGUACGCCAGCGGCGUGGCCGCCUACUACAGCGGGGACUACGAGGUGGCCGUGCGCGACCUAGAAGCGGCGCUGCGCAGCCACCGACGCCUGCGGGAGAUCCGCGCACGCUGCGCCCGCCACUGCGCCGCGCGCCGCCCGCUCGUGCCUCCCGGCGCUGGCCCAGGGGCCGAGCUGCCCUUCUUCCGCGCCCUGCUUGAGCGGGCGCGCUGCUACCGCAGUUGCCAGAGCCAGCGCCUCGGGGGCCCCGCAUCCCGCCACCGCGCCAGCGAGGAUGUGCGCAGCGACUUCCAGCGCCGAGUGCCCUACAACUACCUGCAGCGGGCCUACAUCAAGCUUAACCAGCUGGAAAAGGCAGUGGAAGCAGCACACACAUUUUUCAUGGCCAACCCUGAGCACAUGGAAAUGCAGCAGAACAUCAAGAAUUACAGAACAAUGGCGGGCGUUGAAGACCUCCAGCUGGUAGAUCGGGAUGCCAAACCACACCUGGAGAGUUACAGUGAAGGAGUUAAACAUUAUGAGGCAGAUGACUUUGAACUAGCUAUCAAGUACUUUGAACAAGCUUUAAGAGAAUAUUUCAAUGAAGAUACGGAGUGCAGAGCCCUGUGUGAGGGGCCUCAGAGAUUUGAGGAAUAUGAGUACUUAGGGUAUAAAGCUGGUCUCUAUGAAGCCAUUGCAGAUCACUAUGUGCAGGUGCUGGUUUGUCAGCAUGAAUGUGUGAGGGAACUUGCCACCCGCCCUGGCCGCCUCUCACCAAUCGAGAACUUUCUUCCCCUACAUUAUGACUACCUGCAGUUUGCCUACUAUCGAGUUGGCGAGUAUGUGAAAGCCUUGGAGUGUGCCAAGGCCUAUCUUCUACUCCAUCCAGAUGACGAGGAUGUCAGAGACAAUGUGGAUUACUAUGAGAGUCUGUUGGAUGACAGCACUGACCCAGCAUCUAUCCAGGCCAGAGAGGAUUUGGCGAUGUUUGUGAAGCAUCAUAAACUGGAAUCAGAACUAAUAAAAUCAGCUGCAGAGGGUCUGGGAUUUUCAUACACUGAGCCGAAUUAUUGGAUUCAAUAUGGAGGACGACAGGAUGAGAAUCAGGUCCCUUCAGGAGUGAAUGUGGAGGGGGCAGAAGUUCAUGGAUUAUCAACGCAGAAAAUGUCAUCACCCAAGAUAGACCGAGACCUAAGAGAGGGUGGCCCUCUGCUCUAUGAGAACAUCACGUUCGUCUACAACUCCGAGCAGCUGAACGGGACUCAGCGCGUCCUCCUGGAUAACGUCCUGUCAAAAGAACAGUGCCGGGAGCUGCACAGUGUGGCUAGUGGAAUCAUGCUUGUCGGUGAUGGAUACAGAGGAAAAACUUCACCCCAUACACCCAAUGAAAAGUUUGAAGGUGCAACUGUCCUGAAAGCACUCAGAUUUGGCUAUGAGGGCCGAGUCUCCCUGAAGAGUGCCCGUCUGUUUUAUGACAUCAGCGAGAAGGCUCGAAAGAUCGUCGAAUCCUAUUUCAUGCUGAACUCAACCCUGUAUUUUUCCUAUACACACAUGGUCUGCCGCACAGCCCUGUCUGGUCAACAGGAUAGAAGAAAUGACCUCAGUCAUCCCAUCCAUGCUGACAACUGCCUGUUGGAUCCAGAGGCCAAUGAAUGCUGGAAGGAGCCUCCUGCUUACACAUUCCGGGACUAUAGUGCUCUCCUGUAUAUGAAUGAUGACUUUGAAGGAGGAGAAUUCAUAUUCACUGAGAUGGAUGCCAAAACUGUGACCGCCUCUAUAAAACCAAAGUGUGGGCGUAUGAUCAGCUUCUCAUCUGGAGGAGAGAACCCACAUGGGGUGAAGGCAGUCACCAAGGGCCAGAGGUGUGCUGUGGCUCUGUGGUUUACCUUGGACCCACUCUACAGAGAAUUGGAGCGAAUACAGGCUGAUGAAGUGAUCGCGAUCCUGGAUCAAGCACAGCAAGGGAAGCACAAACCAAAUAUCAACCCCAAAGAUGAGCUAUAAAAACGAGAAAAAGAGUAUUCUAUCAGAUAUUUAUUUAAAUUGUUAAUCUUAUGAGAACCUUUUUAUUUUUGUACAGAGCCACGGUAUAAAUUAACAGGUUAAUAUGAGUCACCAGAUCUCCCUUCUGUGCCUAAGGAUGCUUGCUUUGCCCC